GUAAAUCAUCAAUAUACACAAAGAUGGCGUCCACUCCAUUUGCUGAAACAAGAUCUCCGCUGACAAUUUUAAAUAACUUGCCUAAGGAACAUGAAAAGGCAAUUAAACAGGCCUUUUACAACACAGCAGCAAACAUUUUCGUAUUACUGGCCUGUGCAACUACGGUAGCGGUGUAUUUUAUCCUAGAAGCGUUCCUCAAACCUUUGCUUUGGGCAGUAUUGUGUGGAGCUUUUUUAUAUCCUUUUAAAAGAACACUCACUAGUGUUUUAAGAAACUGGUUAACAAGUUUACGUAAUUCAGAAACUCCAUUUCUUGUAGGACUUGUUGUUACACCAAUAAGACGUGUUGAUGGUGCAGUUGAUUAUUUAUGCACAACAGUUUAUGAAAAGAAAAAGCUUGUGUUGGGUCUAGGACUGAGUACACCAGCUGUUUAUAUUUUAUGGCAUUUUGCACCACUAUGGACUGCAUUUUUGAUCUUUCAGCGAUUUUUCGUUCAUACAUACCAUCUUCUUGGAUAUUUUAGCACUUUCUGGGUAUGGACAUUGUUUGUUGCAUACUUUGUUGCUAUAAUUUUCCUGUGGACGCCAGAAUCUCGAGGCUUGUUACAGAAGAUCUCUAUACCAGUAUGGCUGAUGUUCAUUCUACAUGUAGCUGCAACUGCAGGUAUACUGAGGGUUCCACUCCUUCUGUUUAUGGGUGCAGUGAUGAUUGUGGGCUUUGUAGCAGAGCAUAAUGAAAUGAGAAGACAACAGGAAGAAGGCAGAGAUCCUAAUCGAAAGUCUAUGUUCGAAUCUACAAUGAGUUUAUUCACGGGUGAAACCACACCCUCAGAGUCACAUGACAAAACUAGCAAAUCAGAUGAAGGGGAGGCAGAGGCUGAAAAACCAAUACCAGUUGUUGAAAACAUUGGAACUCCAAUGAGAACAGAAGAUCCGACCAAGUCAGACGCCACAAAACCAAGUUCACUGAAUGUAAAUCCAGAGAUCCUUAGACGUCAGCAACAUCGUAGCAAGUUGACCACAACACCAUCCAAGCCCGAACCUGUGACCCAUUCACUGAGUGACCAGUACUUUAUUUGGUUGUUAUGGGGUCUGGUUUUAACAAGAGUGUGGAUACAUUUUUGGUUGAUUUGUAUCCUGCUACCUAUACCUGUUGGAUUAUGGCUUAUCAAGAAAGCAAGUAUCAAGCUGGGUAGUUCUGAUGGGCCAUUAGGGGACAGGAUGAAGACUGUUAGAAAGGGAAUAGCUAACUGGAUCAGGGACAGGAAAGAUGUGAUCAUGCCUAACUGGUUACGUGGAAUUGGCAGAAUUGUAAUGAAAGGUGAUCAAAAGAUCAUUAUGGUGUUGGAAUCAUCUCUGGACAAAGCUACCAGUGUGUUGUUUAUACUCCUGUUGUUGAUUGGGAGCACAUUGUUUGCUAUUUUCUUUGCUGUUCAGGUGCAGCAAGAAAGUAUGUAUUUGGUGAAAACAACAAGUAACCUGCUCAAUAACACACUGCAUCCUGAAAUGGCAAGUUGGCUCCCCAACAAUGAAGAUGUGCAGGAGGCAAUGGAUUCUAUGGUUGGAAAUGCUUACCUGUACGGGAGAAAUUGGAUUGCAGCUAAAGUACGAGACCUGGUGAACGGCCCCACAGAUAACAAUACUCAUAUAGAGGGUCAGGUGUUGGAUAUGUGGGACAGGUUGUAUGAAAGCUGGCUAGCAAGGUCAAGAAUACCUUUAAGAAUACGUUUAAGGUUCAGGAAUCACAAUACCAGCACAAGUAUAAGUAAGCCAGGCAAAGUUGAGACACCGCUUGACAUAACUAACCUGUCGUCUAUCUGGAGUGUUGUAACACAGGGAGAUGGCUUCAACCCUGGAGAUAUUAUUGCCUUUGUUAAAGAGAAUAUAGGGACAUUCCUUUCAGUGUUAGAAUCUAUAUGGUUAGUGUUGAAGGGAAACAUGAACCUUGUGUUAACAGUUCUUACAUCAACACUCUCAUUGGUGUUUGGAGGUGGUACAGCCCUUCUCAACUUUGUUCUUGCCUCAGUGAUAUUUUUGACUACACUGUUCUACCUGCUGGCAUCCAGUGGUGACCAAUAUAAACCAAUAGAAUGGUUUGCUACUAUGUCACCUACAGCUGGUGCUGGUGGUAAUACUUUCGGUCAAGCCUUCCAGGAUGCUGUAGGUGGUGUGUUCAUGGCCUCAUUGAAGAUGGCAGUGUUCUAUGGACUGUACACUUGGCUCACACAUUCACUGUUUGGUGUCAAUAUUGUGUUCAUACCUUCAGCCCUAGCUGCAGUUUUUGGUGCAAUACCAUUUGUUGGAACAUAUCUGGCUGCAAUACCAGCUGUGUUAGAGUUAUGGCUAGUCAAAGAUCAGUUUAUACAAGCCAUGGUGUUUCUGGUGAUACACUUCCUGCCUUCAUAUGUUGUUGAUACGGCAAUCUAUAGUGAAAUUAAAGGAGGUCAUCCCUACAUGACAGGCCUUGCUAUAGCCGGGGGUAUGUACUGGCUGGGUUUAGAGGGCGCCAUUUUUGGUCCCAUAAUCCUUUGCUGUCUGGUGGUGUUAGUGAAUGUGUACAGCACCAUGUUGAAGCCGGACUCUCCAAGUUUUCACAGUGGCAUAAAGUUUAGAGAACCAAAAAUGGAAAAGCUUACUCAGGUCCCUGAGUAUGAUGUGAUGCCAUAAUUUUGAGAUUAAUGUAUCUGUUUGUCAAUGAAUCUCUUCUGUACAAGUGUCAUAAUCUUUGACUUCUAAAGUCAACUUGCUUCACCGUAUAGAAAAUGGAAAAUCCUGCUAAAUUUUAUCUACAAACUUUCUUUGCUACUUGUAUGUACAUUUGUUUCAGACCAGGAGACUGCAAGUUUUAGUACAGAAUAAAAUGUAAUAAUGUACUUCUGUUAAUUGUACAUAGUGUACAUAUUAUGAUAUACUUCUGCGAUCAGUUUGUACAAAGUGUACAUAAUACAGAGUGUUUAUGAAUACCGAUGACAGGCAGUGGCAUUGUAGACAAUAUACACUUGACUCAAGUCUGGCUUACCUGGACAUUGGCUUUUUCUAGACACUAGUUUUAGGGGAAUGAAUUGUCUCAUAUUGCAGUGGUCUGUCUACCAAUAUUAUUCACUCUUAAGUAAACAGUUUCAAAUUUAGAUAUGCUUUGUGAUUUACUGUUUUAAAGGGAUUUAGUAUUUGGAGUUGGUACCAAUUUGAAGGCUUGUAUAGGACAAGCCGGUAGGUGAGUCCAGUAUGUAUUUGGGAUGGGUACAAGUCAAAAUAUAUACUGUUUUGUACAAGACUGUAUGAAAUAGUUUUUUUAUUCGGUGCUUACUUUUCUCAGUAAAAAUUUGAAUCUUAAUUUGUAAAUUUUUGUAAACAUAAAAUGUCUCAUCAAGCAUUUAUUGAUAUUGAUGGUCAUUCAGACACUUCUAUUGGUCUAUGACUUAUAUUGCUUUAACAUAGAGAUUUCGGCAAGUAAGGAAUAUAACGUAUCCAGUAUGGAAAUAUAUAAUGGAUUACCAUGUGGUACAAAUGUGUAAAGCUGAUUGGAAGAAAAAGAUAGAUAUAGAAUAUAAGAAUAAUAUACAUGUCAUUACUACAUUGCUUCAGACACAUUGCAGUGGACUAUAUUUAAGGGUUUUGUCUCAUUAUUUACUAUGAACUCGUCUUUUUUCCAGAUAUAUAGGUUUAUGGAAGUGCUACUGUUUCUAAACAAGUGCUAAUUGUGUUAAGCUGUAACAAUUUAUAUAUGACACACUAGUGCCUGCAUAGCUAUACUGUUAAUUGGGUUGUUUUAUAGAAGGAUAUUAUAUUGUAGUUCUUAAAUAUUGUCAACUAUAUAACUAUUCUUUUUAUCUUUUUAAUAUAAGUGUAACAUUGCUUAGAAGGUAAUUAUACAUUAUUUAAUACCUACUUUAUUUGCAUUUUGUUUAUGGCAUGAACGUUAAGUUAUUUUCUUAUCUAAAUGAAUAUAUAUACUGUGAAAUCAUUGAUAUUUGUAGGGGAUGUAUUUUUGCAAAUUUAUGGUUGAAUCAAAGCACAGAGUCAAAUUCCAGUGUACAAAGUAAAAUCUCUUCAUAUUAUGUUGAAAUCCAAGAAUUUUCAUUUGCACGAAAUAGCCGUUUUGACCAAAACUAUUAAAUUUCAUGCAUUAUUUUACAAUACAGUCAAGCUUUGUUCACUCGAACUUGGAUAAUUUGUUCAACACCCUUUGCUGAAUUCUAUCGUUGGAUCCCGGCAAAAUAUUUAUAAAGUGUAUAUUUUUCGUUUGCUCAAACUACCAGUAACUCGAAUAAAUUUUACUUGUCCCGUCGAGUUCGACUGUAUAAAAGAAAUGGUGUCUAUCCAUCUAUCAAUGUUUACAUAUUUGAAAACAGGGAACUUGUAAAAAGGAAGAUAAGAUUGCUGCUAUGUUGUGAUUUUGGCUCUUCUGAACAUUUUUAUUCUGUUACACAGGGCUCAGAAAUCCAGUAAAGUUUAAUUUCUAAGCAGACAAACACAACUAGAAACAACAGUUACUUGUGUUUUAGUUAGUUUUCAUUUAGUGCAAAAGGAUUCGUGAACAAGAGUCUAGUCUUAUACAUCAAUUUAUUAAUAAAGUUUUGUGUUUUUAUGGAAUUAUUAAGUUCUGUAUAUUUUCAAGGUGCUUCCAGUUUUUGUUCAUCUUUUAUAUUGUUUUAUGUUUGUGUUAAAUGGUACUCAAAUUAUUAGAAGGGAUUAUAAAUUAUGGCAAAUUUUUUAAAAAUUUGGAUAUUUUAGUAUAUAUUUUUGUGUUGUUUUUCUUGUUGGAAAAGAUAUAGAUCGGCCAAAAGCAGUGUAAAUGAAGAAAUGAUAUAUCCCUAACAGUGAUUUGUUAUUGAAUAAAAUCAUUGUUUGGAGUUCCGAUGCUAAGGGCAAAGUCCGAUUAUAUCAUAUGCACAUCUGAAUGACAAUGUUUUAUUUGAGAGCAAAUCACUGUACGAGAUUUAUUUGAAUUCUAACAUGUUAUCAAGAAUUAUUAUCUGUACCUUUUGUAAGAUAUUCACCAAAUAUUUCCCUGUGGUUUUUGUUUCCAGUGCUUUGUUUAAUAGUAAAAUGAAUCAGGUCAUGUUAAAAUUGAGAAUGAAAUUGUUAAGAUAUAUCAUGGAAUUUUACCAGACUGUCCUUUUUGAUAUUGAUGAUUGUCAAGAAUAGAAUGGUACGUGACAACUAAUGUUAACAGUCAGAAUGCUUUUCCUUGGAUAAAAAUUUUCAAGCUAGUUCAAGUUUCCAGUUUCACAUUGUAAAGCUUGCUUUUGUGAUAAGACAUUAAAAUGUUUGCCGUCCCAGCAACUGUCAUUAGUUUAUGUUAAAUUAAGAUAUGAACCGGUGUUGGAGUAGUUUUCAUUUAUGCAUGAAAUACAUGGUUUUAUCUCAAGUACCCAUCAAGGUUUUCUGUCUGCACACACUUUAAACACACCCAUGAAGGUUUUCUGCCUCUGCACACAUUUUAAACACACCCAUGAAGGUUUUCUGCCUCCGCACACCCAUGAAUGAUUUCUGCCUCCGCACACUUUAAGCACACCCAUGAAGGUUUACUGCCUCCAUACACUUUAAACACACCCAUGAAGGUUUAAUGCAUGAACACACUUUAAAUACACCCAUGAAGGUUUACUGCCUGCACACACUUUAAACACACCCAUGAAGGUUUACUGCCUGCACACACUUUAAACACACCCAUGAAGGUUUACUGCCUCCAUACACUUUAAACACACCUAUGAAGGUUUAAUACAUGCACACACUUUAAAUACACCCAUGAAGGUUUACUGCCUGCACACACUUUAAACACACCCAUGAAGGUUUACUGCCUGCACACACUUUAAACACACCCAUGAAGGUUUACUGCCUGCACACACUUUAAACACACCCAUGAAGGUUUACUGCCUGCGCACAUUUCAAACACACCCAUGAAGGUUUACUGCCUGUGAACACUUUAAACACACCCAUGCAGGUUUACUGCCUCCAUACACUUUAAACACACCCAUGAAGGUUUAAUACCUGCACACACUUUAAACACACCCAUGAAGGUUUACUGUCUGUAUACACUUUUAACACAUCCAUGAAGGUUUACUGCCUGCACACACUUAAAACAAACCCAUGAAGGUUUACUGCCUGCACACACUUUAAACACACCCAUAAAGGUUUACUGCCUGCACACACUUUAAACACACAUGAAGAUUUUCUGCCUCCUCCCACAAUAAAAUAGAAAAAGUGGAAACACAUUUUUGGACAUUUUUCAAUUUUCACCAUGUUACAUAGUGUAUUUCAAAUGCAGUUCGUAGAUGUAUAAUGUCUCACAUAAUCAUCCUGUAUGUAACCAUAGUUGCUACAUUUCAGGGCUUUGUAUCUUGCCAUUAUGCUAAUUAAAGCUUUUGUUCUCAGGCCUAGUACUUUGUUUUCAUAAUAUAAUAUCCAUUUUUUAGCAAUAGCUUUUUAUUUGUUAUUAUUUAUUUAUUUAAUUUUAUGUUGUUAAGCUUGAAAAUAAACAAUUCACAAAACUUA